AUGAGUCAUGAACAACGUAGACUUGAUACAUACGAAGAAUAUGCAAAACAGUUGUUUAUCGAGAAACUUCUGCCGUUGUUAAAUAGUUAUAAUCGUGUGGAUGUUGUAUUUUCAUCAGAGAACGAUUUCUCAUUGCAUGAGAUAGUACAUUUGGCUGGUGGAUCCACGACUGGACUCUACGAACGUCGUUAUCUUGUUGGUAUUGUAGCCCAUCAUCCUACCUUUGAAAAAUAUAGCUACUACGGAGAAGUAUAUCGAGGUAUGAAAGUUACCGAUGAAGAUCUGGCUGAGUAUGAGGUUGGAUCUCGUAUUAUGACAAAGUCGUUCCUGUCUGCAACGAAAGAUUACGAAAUUGCGAAAAAAUUUGCUUCUGGGGGUGAAAUGCGUGCAAAUCAGCUUGGCAUACUUGUUAAAUUUCCAGCUAUGUGUGCGUACAUAAUCAAAAACAAACGAACAGGACUUGCAGUCGAAGACCUAUCAGAAUAUAAACAAGAGCAGGAAGUAAUGAUAAUUCCUUUUUCCGUCUUUCGUGUUAAAAGUGUCGAUAAACGAGAGGACUGGCUAACGACGGAAUCUGGUUUACAGCUUGGUAUGAUGAAGUUGUACGACGAUGAUACUGAAUUAAGAGAAUUAUUAAGUGGUUUUAUGGGUUUAGCUUUACUACCCAUUGAUCGUGUUCAUGAAGGAUAUGAAAUUCUGAAACAAAGAGUAACAACUUCGUCUCACACAAAACAGUUAGACACAUUUGUUUCUUACUUUGAAAAUGAAUGGUUGAAUGUUUUUAAACCUUCAACAUGGUCUGUUAAUAAAAGUACAUGGAGAACAAACAAUCACGCUGAAGCACAAAAUAGACGUUUUUUUACACGUGUUAUUCAGCCACAUCCAAACAUGUGGAGAUUCAUUCAAUGCGUAAAGCAAGAAGAAAGUGUCGUAUCUCAUAGAAUGGUUCAGACUGGAUUAGGUUUCUCGUCUGUUCAACCAAAAAAGUCGACGCGCAAAGCAGCUCGUAAAACUAAACAAAUUGAAAACCUGUUGCAUUCGUUAACGUCAAAAACAAGAUCAUUAGCUGAUACAAUCAAGUCUCUUGCUCAUCUUGUUGGCGAACCUGUUUGUCGUGGAAGGAAAGGAAAGAAAAACAAGAAUAAUGUUUCAAAAUCAGAUUCAUCAGGUGCAUCGUCAGAUGAACAUUAG